AUGUCACACGGGCCGUGCGCCUGCCGCCUCCCCCUCUCCGUGCGCCCGCACUCUCAAGCCCUUCUCCCAGUGCCGAAUCCCCGCGAUUUGCGCCCGCUGACCCCGCCAACCGCCUUGCGGAGGCGGGAUCUGGGGGGUCUCGGCGGAGAUUCCCCGCGUCUGCCGUUCGCGGGGGGAGAAUCCGGCGGAGCGGGGCUUUUGGCAGCGCGCGGGGCGUUUUUGCACGGAGGGGUUGCGCGGAGAGGGCCCGCCCCCGCGCGAUCGCUGGGCGCGCGGGGGAGCGGGGGGGUGCACGGGGGAAUGCGCGGGCGGAAACGACGAGUGUGGACCCGGCGCGGGGAAGAGGAGGAGGCGGAGACGGGGAGGGGCGGAGGCGGAAGCGAUACGGAUGCGAAUGAUUUGGGUGGGGUGUACUUGCGGAGAGGUGUGGGAAGGGGGAAGGAGGGGGGAGAGAGAGAGAAAGGGGAAGGAGAACGGGAGAGAGGGGAAGUAGUGGAGGGAAAGAUGGGUGGCAUGGGGGGUGCGGGUGGAGGGAGGGAUGGAAAAGAGAGCGAGAAGGAGAGGAGUGAUAGCAAGGAGGAGGGCGCAAGGGUAUCUAGAAAUGGGUUGGCUGGAUCAAAGGGGAUGGCGAAUCCGAGAGGGGAGAGACGGAAUGGAAUGGCGGGAGGGGGGAAUCAGAGGGAGAGAGUAAGAGAGGGAGAGGAGGGAUUAGAGAUAUCUGAGGCGGUUGGGAUGAGGGGCGAAGGCAGAGGAACGAGAGGGGUGAGAGGGGCAACAGGUGUAACAGUCACAACAGAUGCAAGAGGGACAGGGGAGGAAGCAGAGGGAAUGAGGGGGGGUGCUGGGAGGAGUGUGGAGGGCGGGGCAGGGGAGGUGGUGGGUGCAGUUGCAGGCACUGUUGUUGAAGCUGUGAUGGGCGUUACUGGUACUGUCAAGGAUGUGACGGAAUCAGUGACAGAAUCCGUCUUGGAUACAGUGACGGACGUAAGUGAGACAAUGAAGGACGUGAAGGAUAGCGUGGAGGAGACUAUAAAGGGUACAGUGCGGGACGUGACAGAAAUAGUAAAAGAGGCAGUACAGGGCACAGUGAAAGAGGUAACAAACACAGUGACAAAGGGAAAGGAGGAGGAAGAGGAAGUGGAGGAGGAGGAAGACAUGAGCCCCAUGCGAAUCAUGCUAGGAGCGAGCGAGGAGAGAGGGAGAAAGGCACAAUCCCAGCUAGGAAUAAUCCAGCACCGUCCCUCCAUAGUCUCUCUUCUCUACAACCUCUACUCCCACAUGCUCAAGCAGCCACCUCUUAUCUUCUCACUCGCUGUCUGCUCCGCCCCGCUCCUCCUCUCCCUGCUCUUCACCCUGCUCUACCUCCCGGACCUGGAUGGCUUGGUGGUGGAGGACACGCUCCUAGCCUACCUCCAAACCUCUGUCGCAGCUUCGGCAGCCAGUGCGCUGGAGGACGAGUCCUUCUUUGCAGGUCCGGCCAUGGCUAUGGCUCGGGGCAUGGGAUCAGCUGUGGAGUCGGCAGGAGCGGCAGCAGCGGCAGCAGCAGAAGCAGGUUCGUCUGCACUUACAACCCUCGGAGCAGCAGCAGCAGAAGCAGCAGGGUCGUCUGGAGCAGCAGCAGCAGGAGGAGCAGGAGCAGGGGGAGCGGUUGUUACUGGGUUGGCUAGCACAGGAGCAUUCAGAGCCCCCGCCACAGCAGCAGCGGCAGCCGCAGCAGCAAAGGAGGCAGCAUCAGGCGGCCUAUUCAACGUCGUCGACGGCUCUCAAACCCUCGGCGACGCCGUCCGUGCUCUCGAGCAAUCCAAUGUCUUCCGCCUGGGUCCUGCCGGGAUCAUCCCAGGGGGGUGCGCGUGGGGGAUUUUCCAAGUGCUCAUGUUCUCGCUCUCGCUCUCCACAGGGCUAGAACCGGCUCUAGCACCGGCGUCGCCAUACGCGCUCGUGGUUGCGAAUGUGAAUGCUCUGGUGGCUCAGCUGCUGUUUGUGUUUCUCAGUGGAGCGGUUUUCGCGAGGCUCACCCAGCCAGUGGAUCCGAUUCUGUGCUCCAAAAUCGCCUGCAUCACCCCUCCCUUGCAGCAGCCACAGCAGCAACAGCAGGGUGUGAACGUGCUCGGAGGUGCAGCUGGGGGAUCGGGGGGGUCCCCGCCGGUUCGCUACCCUCCUGCUGCCCGUUCUCUCUCUCGCAGCAUCAGCAGCGCCAACUUCGGAGGCAGCGCAGCCUUCGCCGCCUCAAGUAGUUUCCCAGCCGCUGCUGGUACUGCAGUGGCAGGAGGAGGAGGAGCAGAAGGAGGCGGGUUUGGCACGGGUGGUGGUGGGAUGGGGGGCGGGAGGGGGUGUGAGCGCAUGCUGCUGGUGCGGUAUGUGCUGGCAGGGCCACAGCCGUGUGAGCUGGUGGAUGUGAAGGUGGAGCUCACUCUCAAGCACAACACCCUCUCCUGCACCGGCCGCUUCUUUCGCCAAGUGGAUCACCUUAAGCUGGUGCGGUCAGAGGACUCAUACCAGCGGUACGGCAUGACAGUUCGGCACCUGAUUGACGAGUCCAGUCCGUUGUAUGGCCGGUCUCGGGAUGACCUCUGCCUCGUCAACGCCCAGCUCAGCCUCGCUGUAAUUGGCAUGGAGCGUGCGUCCAUGCAGCCAGUGUUCCACGUGGAGGACUACUUUGUAGCAGACGAAGACGUCAUAUGGAAUGCAGAUUUUGAGGAUAUGGUGUACCGCGAUGACAAGAAUAGACUUCUAGUGGACCACAGGAAGAUCAGCAACUGGGUAGGGAUUGAACUGUGA